AUGGCUGAAGAAGCACGAAUUGCGUCCUUGCUGAAGCGCGAACGGUAUUACCGAGACACCCGCCAGUGGGACAAGCUCCGCAAGUGCUAUCACCCCGACGCAUCCAAGACCCGCAUUGCAGUUUCUGUCUUCAAGGGAAAUGCCGAUGGCUUUGUGGACAUGUCACAACGCAGCACACCUCCCGGUCUGAAAGUGAUCCAUACCAUUGAUCCUGUGGAAAUCGCCAUCAAGAGAGACAAGUCUCUUGUGCAUUCUAAUGCUAUCAUCUCAGCCAGGGCACUCGUUGAUGGUGUGGACUAUGAGAUUACAUCGUGGUUGCGAGCUAUCUCUGGACUCGAGCAGAUUGAAGGGGAAUGGAAAAUUGUUUCGCUCGAGGUGAUUUACAACCGAGAUAGCCUGGUGCCUUCUUCACCACAAGAAAAACCCAUAAGCCUUGGGGAAUUGGAUAAGUUCAGAAGCAGCUACCGUCACGUGGCAUGGUUCAUGUCAUCGAAGGGUCUGAACGUACCGAACGACCUUCCUGGUGAAGACGACCCACAGUCGGUUAUGCAAGUGAUGAAGCGGAACCAGCAGUGGUUCAAUACGGCAUAG